AUAGGCCCAAAAUGCCUAAUUUUUUAAAGACUCAGUUACCGGUCCAAAUAACGUAACCGGUAGUUAUUACAUAAUGGGUUCUGGUUUUCUAAAUUGAUUAACUGACUACCAUGGUUCCGGUUAGCGGUUUUAGCCAAUAACCACUAACCGGAACCAGGUUAACACCCCUAGUUUAUAUAAGACUUCUUAGAUAAUUGUAGAGGUAUCAAAAGAAUAGUUAAGUGUUUCUUUGUAAACUAGGACUCCGAGCAUCUCCAAUAGCUCAAUCUUUCAAUACACCAAUGUUAUCAUUUCCAUAAUCCAUUUGUAUCAUUCAACCAUCAAUCCAACCCAUUUCAUUUCAAUCUGUUUUCAUUACAAUUCCUUUGUUUUCAGUAAUGUUACACAUAAAUCCACCAAGAAGACCCAUGGGCCAAGGAUCCGGCAUCUCUUGGAAACCUAAUACGCUCAUAUGGGCUUCAUGGGUACGGUCCAAUAUGAAGUCCAUAGAUACGGCGUCAUCUACUGAACGCCCGGGCUACCUGCCCAAAUCCGAGAGUACAUUGGACCGAAUCUUCUAUACUUAAUGACCAUAUACAUUCGUUACAUGGACAACUCACGAGUGUUGAGAUCCUCAGAAUAGUUACACUUUCCCUUUAAAGGACUCUCAACGGUUACGCGCUAUCCUCGAAAUCCUAUUAAUGGUCACAGCGGUUUCAUAUCAACCAUAAUGGAUAGGAGGCAUGAAUAUUACCUCCUUCAGCCGUUACGCUCGGAUCCCAGAUUCUUUGCCCGGUCAUCAUAGCUGCACCAAUAUGAUCAGCUAUAAAAGACCUCAUCUCCGAAGAGACAAGUACGCACUCUGAAUGUCAUACUAAGCUUUAUACUAAGUUCAAGCAAACACUGAUUUAAGCAUCGGAGGAGGAAUCGCCGGCCACUUGCUGGAGCAUCCUCUUGAUGUGUGUUCUUGUUUACAGGAUCAAAGGAAAGCAACCAAGAAAGAGUCCACCAUUUACCCUUGGGUCCACCAUAUCGGAAACUGUUCCAACAGGUCACAAGUGGGUGGUGGUGCUUCAGGUGGGGUUGAUGAUGGGUUCUGUACUUUUCUACAGUAUGUGGGUAAGGGAGGAAUCGAUGUGGGAGAUGAUCUGGUGGUCUUGCUUGAUCAUAUACAGUAUGCUUGCAAGAGAAUUGCAGCUCUGGUGGCGUCUCCUCUCAGUUCCAGUCUUGGGAAACAGACCAGUCUUGCCGGCAGCAGUGGCUCUGGCAGGGAUGCUCCGAAACCGCUCGAUCUUGUCUCGUUCUGGAAAAGUUGCAGUAAUGGCUUCAGAAGAGGAUGAUGCUCCCAUCUGGUUAACUGAUGAUGGUUCAUUUGUGGUGGUAACGGAUCCCCUCGAUGGUUCUCGAAAUAUUGAUGCAUCCAUUCCAACCGGAACAAUUUUCGGAAUUUAUAACCGCCUUGUGGAACUGGAUCAUCUCCCCAAGGAGGAGAAGGCUUCACUGAAUUCACUCCAAACUGGAGCGAGGCUUGUAGCUGCUGGGUAUGUUCUGUAUUCAUCAGCUACAAUACUCUGCAUCAGCUUUGGUUCGGGAACACAUGCAUUUACUUUGGAUCAUUCAACAGGAGAUUUCAUUCUCACACAUCCAAGCAUUAAAAUUCCUCCUCGAGGACAAAUCUAUUCAGUAAAUGAUGCACGAUAUUUUGACUGGCCCGAAGGGUUAAAGAGGUAUAUUGACACUGUGAGACAAGGAAAAGGCAGAUACCCCAAGAAGUACUCGGCCCGUUAUAUAUGUUCUCUUGUAGCUGAUCUCCAUCGAACUCUAAUGUAUGGAGGGGUGGCAAUGAAUCCCAGGGACCAUCUUCGUUUAGUUUAUGAGGCAAACCCUCUUAGUUUUCUUGUGGAGCAAGCUGGGGGCAGAGGUUCUGAUGGUAAAAGAAGGAUUCUUUCAAUUCAACCAGCUAAGCUGCAUCAAAGACUUCCUCUGUUUCUUGGAAGUUUGGAAGACAUGGAAGAGUUGGAGAGUUAUGGUGAUGUUCAACAGAAAGUAAAUCCUGGUUAUGAAGUUUGACACUAUAAUAAUCUCCAAAUUCCAUUGGUUAUGGUAUAAAUCAACUUGGGCUUUCUUUAGUUUACAAGUAAUGCUAGAAAUUACAUUUUUAUUUCAUAAUUAUCCCACAAUGGUAACGUAGCAGUCCCAACCAAUUUUUGACUCAUUCCUUGUUAGUAAAAUAAAAAUAAAAAAAUUAAAAUUGUUGGGAUUGCCAUGUCAGCUUUAUGAGAUAAUUGUGAGAUAAAAUGUGGUAUAUAACAUUUUUUCUAUUAUGUUUAUAUCUGACCAACCGAACUAUCAAGAGUUGUAAAAUCCCUAUAUUUCUAGAAGAUGUCUCCUCUCCAUUUUCUUGCCCAUUUCAGCAUGUAAAGAUUCUGUAUUCUUUUCAUCAGUGUGAUUUGUUCUGUGUUAAAAGUAUUCUAAUUGGACAUGUAUUUGCAAGCUUUGUC